UUUGGUGCUUGCAUCACCAUUUGAACCAUUUUUUUUUCAGUUAUCCGCUGCACUAGAGACCCAAGGAUCCCUCACAGAAACCUGGUACCAGAGAUGCCCAGCUGUCCCCUUUUGGUGGACAUAUAAGUGUAAACAAAGGUCACUUAUUGUUUCUAUUUAGUUAUGCAUAGUUAAUAUUUAGCAGCUGUUCUGUUUCUGUGAGUUUUACACACACUAAGCUUGCCUAACGUUUUUGUGUAGCAUGUCCCACAUAGACCAGUUUGACUUGGAGAAGUGAUCCUUGUCACCUGCAGGGAAACAAAGCUGGACCAGAACCACAAGCACUAGUCUGCAGCAAUGCCUGAUAGGAGACGACAGCACAGUGAUGGCGGCUGGGGCUGGGUGAUCGUUGGCUGCUGCUUCAUGGUGAUGGUUUGCACGCGAGCUGUGACCAGGUGCAUCUCCAUCUUCUUUGUUGAGUUCCAGUCUGCCUUUGAAGCCGACUAUUCCGCGACUGCCUGGAUCCACAGCCUGGUCGACUGCACCACCAUGCUGUGUGCUCCAGUUGGCAGCCUGAUUGGGAACCGCUGGUCCUGCAGAGUGGCGGUUGUGCUCGGUGGGCUCCUGUCCUCCUGUGGCCUCCUCCUCAGCUUCUUCACCACUAGCCUGAAGCUUCUCUAUUUCAGCAUGGGAAUCCUGACAGGUGUGGGUUUCGCUCUCUGUUACACGCCAGCCAUCGCAAUAGUGGGUUCUUAUUUCAAACAGCGGAAGGCACUGGCGUAUGGCAUCGCCAUGUCAGGCAGCGGCAUUGGCACCUUCGUCCUGGCACCGGUGGUGCAGCUUCUGAUCGAGUUUUACUCAUGGAGAGGAGCUCUGCUCAUCCUCAGCGCUUUUGUUGCCAACUUGUGUGUCUGUGGGGCGCUUCUACGACCCGCCACGCAGCAGGAGAACCAGGAGGCCCCAGAGGGGGUGAGGCAACCAGGAAACAUCUGCCAACUGCAGGAUGCUGGAGCUCAUAAAGCCUUCAAAGAACCCAAGGAAACAUUUCUGUCAAAGCCUGUGCCGGCAUCGCCACCGCCCCUGCUGGCAGAAAACUCUGCCCACUACAUGAAGAAGACACGCCGUUUCAGAGGGUGUGUCACUUCCUGCUGUGAUGAUUACCACUUCCUGCUGCUGCCAGACUUCGUGGGACUGGCCGUGUCCAUCCUGUUCAUGGCUGGCGGCUGCAGCCUCCCUUUCGUCUACUUGGUUCCGUACGCCCUGAACGCCGCCGUCAGCCACCAGAACGCCGCCUUCCUCAUGUCUAUCCUGGGAGUCAUCUCCAUUGUUGGAAACGUCACCUUUGGGUGGCUGACAGACAGAAGGUGUCUUAAGCCGUACUGUCUGAUGUGUUACAUCUUCUCGGUGGGGAUGGAGGGUCUGUGCUGCCUCUGCGUACCACUGCUCCACUCCUUCCCUCUCCUGGUUCCCUUCGCUGUUCUCUACGGUUACUUUGAUGGCGCCUAUGUGGCGCUGAUUCCUGUUGUGACAUCAGAGGUGGUGGGGGCAGACAACCUGUCCUCUGCACUGGGCGUGGUCUACUUCCUGCAUGCCAUUCCCUAUCUGGUCAGCCCGCCCACUGGAGGUUGGCUGGUUGAUGUGACAGGAAGUUACACUGCUACAUUCUUCCUCAGUGGCGCCGCCCUACUGGCCAGUGCACUCAUCCUUUUCACAGUUACAGCAAUACGCCGCUGCCACCGUGUCAACUUAAAGCCACAAAGCCCUCCCCCCUCAGCGUAGCUGACCAAUCAGACUGCCACAUCACUUUCAACAAGGAGGCGGAGCAUCAGUCAGACUGUUCAUAGCAUCUGGCAGGAAGGACCUGGUUUUACUUCAGGAGCAGAUUCAGAACCAACUGGAUCCACAUUCAGAGCCAUGCCUCCUGCCGGAGAUUAACUUUUAAACCAUUUUUCAAUUUCAUUUCAGUGACAGACAUUU